AUGGGGUUUAAGUCUGGUGAAGCUCCAGCCUACCAACAACACUCAGGGUCAAAUGGAGGGUCAAAGGUCAGAUCAGAGAGAGUGGCCCUGCUGGUUGUCAGCGCUCUCCUGGCAGCUGCUGUCAUUGUUAUUUGCCGUCUCUCUCUUGAUAACAUGCACACCAAGCAAAGUUUCCAGACUCUGAGAGACGAACAUGAAGCUGUGAAAAGAAAUCUCACAGAUGACUCAUGUCCAAAAUGUGAAUAUGGCUGGGAGCAGCAUGGAAGACAGUGUUAUUAUUUCUCCACCAAUUAUUUCACCUGGAGUAAGAGCAGAGAUGAAUGCCGACAGAAAGGAGGAGAUCUGGUUCAGAUAGACAGCAGAGAGGAGCAGACAUUCCUGGAGCUGAAACUAAGAGAAAAAAUGAACAACAUUUGGGACAAGUUCUGGAUCGGACUGACAGACUCAGGGAAAGAGGGCACAUGGUCAUGGGUAGACGGCUCACCACUGAACGAGAGUUUGACAUUUUGGUUCCCCGAUGAGCCAGAUAACUGGACAGGGAAAGAUCCUGAUGGAGAGGACUGUGUGAGGAUGGGAGAGAGAGCAGGAGCUCCUGAUCUGAAAUGUUGGUUUGAUGAAUCCUGCAAGGAAAGUCACAGAAGUAUUUGUGAGAAACCAGCAGAAACUGGACAUUUUACUCUUAAGUGUGUCUGAAAUGUAGUUUAAAUGAAGUCUCAGCCUGUUAAACAAUCUCAGUACAGGAUACAGAAUUUGGAGCAAUUUUAUUUUUAUAUAUGUAAUGUU